GAUUAUAAAAGUCUAGCUUGCGAAAGGCUGUUAUUUGUUUAUUUAUUGGUCAAACUUUCUAGUAAGGAUUUUAUUGCCCUUUACUUCCUGUAGCUUGGCCUAAAGGCUUAUACAACAUUCAAUAAAAACUGUAUCUUCCAGUUUCAAACGUUGGUGUUGAAGUUGAGAUCAUGGAACUGCUUUCAAGCUGGUGUUAUGAUGGAUCCUUACCAGAAAGUUAUGUGAUGCCACCUGAGAAAAGACCCGGAAAUCUCAUUGUUCCUUUAGGAGAAUCCAUUCCAGUGAUUGAUCUUGAGCGUCAUGAUCGAAACGAUACAAUUCAGCAAAUUCUAAAAGCUGGUGAAGACUAUGGAUUCUUCCAGGUAAUCAACCACGGAGUUUCAGAGGAUUUAAUGGAUAAAACCAUGAAUGUUGCAGAGGAAUUCCAUUCAAUGCCCGGUUUGGAGAAGGAAAGGGAAAGCUCCAAGGACCCAAACGGAAGCUGCAAGCUGUACACAAGCAGCUAUGUUUAUCCCAGGGAGGAUUUUCACUAUUGGAGGGAUGCAGUGACGCACCCUUGCCGUCCUUUAGAGGAAUGCAUUCAAUUUUGGCCCGAAAAGCCAACUAGAUACAGAAAAGUGGUUGGGGAGUAUUCGGUUGAAUUAUGGAAGUUGAGUUGUAGGAUUAUGGAGUUGAUCUGUGAAGGAUUAGGACUUAGCACUGGAUAUUUCAGGAACGACCUCACUCAAGUUCCAAAAAUCAUGAUUAAUCACUACCCUCCAUGCCCUGAACCGAGUUUGACACUGGGAUUAUCUAAACAUCGCGACCCUUCUAUCAUCACCAUUCUUCUUCAAGGCCGCAUACAUGGUCUUCAAGUCUUCAAAGAUGGCCAAUGGAUUGGCGUCCAACCUCUUCCUCAUGCCUUUGUGGUUAAUAUAGGCUACCUGUUACAGAUUAUCAGCAACGGGAAACUCAAAGGAGCAGAACAUCGAGUCGUGACGAAUUCAAGAGAUGCUAGGACAACUAUUUCCUUCUUCGUUUAUCCUUGUGAUCAGAGUCUCAUAGAACCGGCAAAAGCUUUGGUCAAUGCAUGCAAUCCUGCAAUUUACAAGGCCUUCAAAUUUGUUGACUUCGUUACUGCCUUCAUCCUCAAGCCUGAAAAUAAUGGUGAAGCUGUAAAGGAGCUUAUAACCGCGCCCCACACCCUUAAUUGCUAG